CCAAAAUGCGCUCCUUUCUCCUCCUAUCUGCCCUCCUCCUUGGAGCAGCUGCCGUGCCAACAUCCACCAGUUCCAACCCGGAAUUUGAGAUCCUCAAGUACCGCAACUGGGACCUCCGCUUCUCUCAGCCCGGCUGCAGCCCGAACCGCACGGGUCUCAGUAUAUCGCUUUUACAUCGCUCCGGAGUCGGCACCAGGGACUGCGUUUCGUUGUUGACAGAGGUGGGCCCCCACGGAACGACAAUUGACCUGAGUGAGGUGGAUUCGCUGUCGUGGAAAGCCAAGAGGGAGAACGGGAAGCAUGAUCUCUGCUUGUAUGCGAGUGACGACUGCUCGGACAAAGAGGCCAUGGCGUUGCGAAAUGGGUGGGAGGUCUGCUUGAAGUAUGAGGGGUGGCAGGGGUAUCGGGUUGUGGAGAAGGGAGAUAGCUGUUAAGUGUUUUCCAAGCACUAUCUGAGGUUUUAAGCUAGAUCAGGACUCAAACUGGCAGAUCAUGUAUGUAACCCGAGGUGUUCAGAGCAACAGAAAAGCACGUACGGCAAUCAGGCGGAUGAACCAAUCGUUAUCUCAUAAACCAAUCUAUUCGUUUCUCAUGCUACU